CCAAAUCUAGCACAUUUUGUUUCUGUGGAAUACAAAGUCCAGACAGAAAAGUGUUUAUUCUGACAGCUUUUAAGGUGAUUUUCAUCGCAGGCGACUUUUGAAACCAUAAAGGAAGGAAUACUUUCUCAAAAGUGUUUGGAGUUUAGUUUAUUUCUAGUCUUUACUUGAUGGGAUUUAGGCAGCUGGCUCGAAAACAACGGAGUGGUAAUAAUUUGGAGAAAGUUGACACAGAAUUCUGUGGUGCUGGCAUUUUGGAUUUACAAGAAGUUCUGGUCCAGAUAAGAUGAUGCAAGGUGAAGGUGUUUCAAGGAGAUCAGCUCAUCACAAUGGCACCCGAUCGCCGUCCCCAUCUCGGCGACGAACUCGGUCCCAAUCACCCCGACACCAAGCCCGAUCACCCUCUCCAGAUCGACGAUCAGCCCGGUCACCUUCCCCGACCCGACGGUCAGCAAGAUCACCGUCUCCGACCCGACGGUCAGCAAGAUCACCGUCUCCGACCCGACGGUCAGCAAGAUCACCGUCUCCGACCCGACGGUCAACAAGUUCACCAUCCCCAACCAGAAAAAGGGCCACAUCGCCACCAAGAGGUCGAAAGGGGGGUUGGGCACCAGCCCCUGUCCGCAACGGUGGUGUUUCAAAUGGGAUCCACACCCUGGAACACUUUGCAAAGUUGAACUUCAACAAGGCUGUGAAACGGCCGUCUAUCGUUAAAGGGAACUCUAAUGUGGAGGUGUGGCAGCAUACAACAGAGCCCAUUCAGAGAUCCUUGUUGAAACACUUGAAUGGCAACCAACAGCUGUCCGGUCAGGCUUGUACAGCCUUCAAAGCAAUCAUGAAGUAUAUGGGUGACUUCCCAACCAAGAAGUCCAACCUUCAUGGUAACUUUGUUACCGAUAAGAUCUUCCAGAGUGCCAUGAGAUACGAGGAACUCAAGGACGAGAUAUUCUGCCAAAUCAUCAAGCAGUUGACUGGUAAUAAACUCAGUGUUAGUGAGGAGCGAGGAUGGGAGCUCAUGUGGCUAGCAACUGGUAUCUUCACCAGCAGUCGUAUCCUACAGCCAGAAAUCACUAAGUUCCUUCGUUCAGCUCGUCACAAGCUGGCCCAGGACUGCUUACGACGUCAGCAUGCUAUCGCUCAAUGUCCACGACAGCGCAAGUAUCCGCCGCACUGGGUGGAGAAAGAGACCAUACAGCAUAACUUCACUCAGAUCUUUCACUUUGUGUUCUUCCCUGAUGAUAAGUCAAAUGCGUCAUUUCAGGUCUCGUCAUCUAUGACUGUUGGGGAGUUAUGCAGAAGUAUCAUUGGUCGACUUGGACUCAAAUCAACAAAAGGAUUCGGACUGUUCCUUAUCAUGAGUCAAAAAAUUGUUGCCUUGCAUGACGAGAGCGAGUUCUUCUUCGAUGCCUUGAGGAGACAGAUCGACUGGGAAGAGGAAGGUAUCAAGUCAACCAAAAGUGAGGAAAGUGAUAUGCCAGUUCUUGCCUACCAAAUGUACUUCCUGCGGAAAAUCUGGACAGAUGUUGUUCCGGGCGAGGACCCACAAGCUGACACAAUAUUCCACUACAACCAGGAACGUCCCAAGUUUCUUCGGGGUUACCAUCGAUGCCAGAGGGAGGAUGCUGUCAAGUUGGCAGCCCUGCAGUUUCGUGCUCAACACGGCAACGAUAAAUCAGAGUUACAGAAUCUGGCUCAAACCUUGUCAGAAUAUCUGCCGACAGAAAUGUUGAGAACUGCGUCUGUGGAGGAUUGGAAAAGAGCUAUAGUAUCCAUGUAUAACCAACCUGCACUGACCGCUAUGUCCAAGGAGGGAGCUAAGAUUGCAUUCCUUAAGAUUGUGUAUCGAUGGCCAACGUUUGGCUCCUCAUUCUUUGAAGCAGAGAAAGUCAUCAGAUCUGACAACACAGAGAGAGUGUUGCUUGCAAUCAACAAACGAGGAGUGCUCGUCAUCGAGGCCCAGUCAAAGGAUAUCUUGAAGACUUACCCGUAUAAUGAGAUCCAGGGCUGGGCAGGUUCGGACAGUGAUGACUUUAUUCUUACUGUUGGAAAUGAAAAGACAGGAGCCAUGAAACUACACUUCAAAACCAAAAUGGGCUACAAGAUGGAUGACCUUUUGACCUCAUAUUCUCGCUACAUGAAGAAGAACAGACUCUCCUCUUCGACUUCAAGUUCCUUGUAAACCACACCCACGAACGACUGCAAAUUCUUACACUGACGACUUUCUGAAGUGGGAAUACAAAAGGACAGUUUAUGACUCACUCUGAAAUGUCAUCAUCAUACGGCAAAGACUUGCGUCUGUGGAACCCUCAUCCUCAAAUUCUAAUGUAGGUACUAACACUUAUCACCCGUUCUGCUUCAAUCGCUGCUCUUCUCGGCUCUCCACUCCACUUUGUGACAUUGUCUAUCCAGUGCAGCCUUAGGGCGACCUCUGUCUUAACACCAUUUUGAACAAUGAACUGUAAAACUAUUUUACAAGAAUCAAGUCCGAGUCCACCAGCACCUUUCUAGAAACACUUUUUGAAUGGUAUACAGCGACAUGUAAAUCAACAGAUAGGAUAACCUACGUUCACCUCAUCCAUUGCGAGUAUUAAAAUGUUGUACAGUAUGAAUUUUGUAGCAACCUUUAAAGUAAGAACUAAAUAUCAAGCUAAUUUUAGGAUAUGCUCUAAAGAGCUCAGAUGAAGAAAAAAAGUGAGUUCACUUACCCAAAUUCUAUUUUGUAUUGUUAAGCCUUACUCCUUCUGUGGCCUUUUCGCCUACAGUACCCCAAUCCUCCAAUAUCUUCCUCUCCUAUAUCACUCCAUAUUUAAUAGUUUUGCUUCAGAUAAGAUUAAAACAGCUGACAAAGUAUUAAGCAAAUUGUUAUUUGGACUCACAGACAGCCCCCUGUCCUUCUGAAUCCUUCAUUUUGGCAAAGAGGAGACAGAAGGACUUGGGAGGGUAAGGGUUUAAAGGUCAAGUUUCAUGUAAAAGUAAGAAUAUAAUAGAAUAAUAGGUAAGGCUGUGUCUGAAACAGCGACUGCGGCUACAGCUACGGCUAGAUCAGCGCAUCUGCCAAUGUUGAAGAAUAGGCAGACGAACGUGAUCUAGCCGUAGCUGUAGACGAAGUCGCUGUUUCUGACACGGCCUAAUUAAUCAACUUUAGUUUCCUUCACUCAAAAUACUAUCAGAGGGAGAUUUAGUCCCACUAAUUAAGACCCCUUGCAAAUGGCUGCCUUUACUGAGGUCAAAACAUGCAUGUCUGUAUAUUCCAUGCACAACUCUCAGCCAAUGACCAGUCUUUAUUGACCUCAAGAAGGGCGCUACGAGGGAUGUUGACAUAAUAUAUAAGGGGUCUAUCUAACUGUUUUGAGAUACGCCAUAGUACAGAAAAUAGAGAAAAUCACACUGAGUGAUGUUUGGUGCUAAAUCGUUGGGGAAUAAUGUGUCGGUUUAAAAUCUGAAAUGUGACAAUCAAAAGUUGGACAACAAAAUGCCCAACCUUUCUUAAACAACUCACAAAUGUUGUACAAAUAUUGAAUGCGUCAUAUUGAUACCUUGUCACUAACCUAGGGUCCUGGUAGGAAUGAGCUGAAAACAGCCCUGAUUGGCUCCCAAGGGUGACUACUUUGCACACAUGCUUGUUAAACGACAGUUUGAAGGUUGCAUUAUUUACCACAAAUCCUUUACAGGUUUUGAAUAAAAAAAUAAUAUAAUGACCGAUGGUUGGUGCUUAUUUCAAGAUGUUUUUAAGUAAACGACAAUCAGAAGUAUUUUUCAAACUUAUAACCAUGGAUAUCAAAUUUGAAGAAGGAAUAGAUGAAAUUAGUUUUUAAAAAGAAAAAAAAAAAGGAAUCCAAAAAGUUUACAAAUACAUACCAACCGUCCACCAUUUUUAAAACUCGGCCCAGACUUUGGGAUUUUGAAGGCCCUUUCUCUAUAUGCAGUAUUGUUAUUGUUUACUCUUGUAUUUAUUAAUUAAUUUCUGGGCUUAAUUUCGUGGCGCUGCUUCCUGUGGAACCUAGCGCGCCGCUUUAGAGGAUGUUGUAUGCACAGAGUCCCACGGUAAGCAGCGUUAGAAAUUAGACUUCGGUUUAAAUUACGCAUAAGUUAUAUUUAUCGCAACUCAUAGAUUGUAUUUAAGUUCAUGCCGUAAAUAUGUGCCAUAAUAAUCAAUGUCAAAAACAAAUAAGAUUUGUUCAGCCUAGAAAAUAUUUAUUCACGCCAACAGUUUAUGUAUCAGUUGUAGAAUUGUCGGUGUAACAAGUUAAAGCAUUAAAAUCCAUUAAAAACAAUAAAGCUUUGUAUUCUCACCUUAAAAGAGGUCUUAGAUCCAAAACAGUCAUACCAAUCUUAUGUAUUAAAAAUGUUGAGUUAUUCACACAA